AUGGAGCCUGAGCGGACCUCGCCACACAGCGCGCCUGUCACCAACGACAUGACAGUGCCCCAGCUGCCAUUCACGCCCGAGGCCUUGCCCAUUUUCACCUCGGAUGCCUCCUCGAUGCCCAGGCCCAGAGGUCGGGAGCGCCAACAAUCACAGGACAGCCUUCUCAUGGAGUUGCUCUCUCGCCGUAUGAGUCGACAAUCCCUUCUACAGCAGCAGCAAAACCAGUCCCGUACCUCUCAGCCGCCUCUCGCCCCACAAUCACCACAACCACCCAUGGACUCGUCCUCUCACUCGCGGGUUGACAGCGGCUGGAGUGCUUUCAACAGUAUGCACAUGGAGAUCGAUGUCGACGAAACAUGCGACAACGAUGCUUCUAUACCUACAUCAUCAUCACGGACUCAGAGCAUCCGCCCAUCGCGGCGGUACCGUCCCCUUCCACAUAUCGCACCAGUGGCUCCUGCGACGAGCAUUGAUCCGGACGUUGCCUCCAGAGUAUUAGCCCGAAUGCAGGCCAACACGCAGCCUGCAUUGGACUCUGUUCCGUUGCCUGCCAAUUCAAGCCCGGCCCCUGUUAUCGAAAUUGAUCCGAGUGAACUGGCAGGCGCCGAUUUGCAGGCCGAUGAGGGCUACGACGAAGGACCCGACGAGUUUCCAUGGCUGGGCGAGAAGCCUUCUAGUGGACUCACCGGAGUCCUGAGAAGCCAAGGGCUUCUGAGCUUCACCACGUCUGCCGAGGCGGCCAUGCGAUGCCCCAAGCUUGUGCGGAAUGUUCCUCGAAUGCGGAAGAGGACGCAGAAGAAGAAGGAGCACAGGCUCCGAGCGUCGAAGGGCACGACCGGCGAGCCGAGUCAAGCGCAGGCAUCCACAGUGGCUGCAGGCUAA